AUGCAAGCCGAACUCUCCUCCUCUAUGACCAAACCGCACCUCCCCCAGCCGUCGCUGCAGUCCCUCAGUCCAUGUGGGCGCCGGCGCGGCACGGAGCAGCGCCCUGUCACCAAGGCGGAGCUGCAGCAGCUCCGGGUGCGGGAGGCGGUGGACUCUAUGGUGAAGAGUCUGGAGAGAGAGAAUAUCCGGAAGAUGCAGGGUCUCAUGUUCCGGUGCAGCGCCGGCUGUAGUGAGGACAGCCAGGCGUCCAUGCAGCAAGUGCACCAGUGCAUUGAGCGCUGCCAUGCCCCUCUGGGUCAAGCCCAGGCCCUGGUGACCAGCGAGUUGGAGAAGUUCCAGGACCGCCUGGCCCGGUGCACUAUGCAUUGCAACGACAAAGCCAAAGAUUCAAUUGAUGCGGGGAGUAAAGAGCUUCAGGUGAAGCGGCAGCUGGAGAGUUGCGUGACCACGUGUGUAGAUGACCACAUGAACCUCAUCCCAACCAUGACCAAGAAGAUGAAGGAGUCUCUUUCAUCCAUUGGGAAAUAG